AGUCGGCUCUGCAAAAGUCAUCCGAUUAAUUUUCACAGCUCAGCUGUCGUCUGCCUCUUUUUCUCCGUCGUCGUCCGUCGCGCUAAAGAACCGUGGCCGUGGCCUUAAAUUAGUUUCCUCGCGGACAGUAACUGGAUUUCAGUCAGAAUCUAACCACUAACUGUUCGAAUCGUGCGGCAGCUUUUCGCUGCAGAAGAUUUUCCGCUGGUUUUCACUCAACGGGGACUCGAUCCGGGAUGCCGGAACAGAAUCAGAACCAGAGCGGUGCCCCAGGGGCUCCCGCUGGCGGUGAAGGGCAACCCCUGGUGGCCAACGAUGGAAAUGCUCCCCCCGGUCAAGCUCAACAAGCACAACAACCAACGAGAGCGGAAUCUUUCUUUGCCAUCACGAAAUCUCUGAUCCUCCGGGCCAUGGUCAUUUACUUCAUUUCGUACAUGUUCCGAAGGCCGGCCCCGAAUGCGGAGGUCAAUACUCAGUCCGGGGGCGCCGCAGGGCAGAGCAAGAUUACGGCAUGGAAUAUGUUCGAGAACGGAACCAUGUUCGAUCUGCACGUGUACAUCUCGGAGGAUGCCCAGGAAGUGGACUUCAAUGACCCCAGUGCGCUGAUUUGGCUUCAGGAGGAUUUGAUGUACGGAGAUUGGUACGGAGGUCGGGAUGGCGAUGGAACCUAUACGCUGAGCACCCAGAUUAAGGCAUCGGAUCGACUGAUGAACAACGGCUCAAUCUAUCUCCACACCUAUGUCACGAGCGCUGGGAAGAGUCCAAAUCCGGCAGCUGGGGAUGACUAUGCUGGGAAGUACAUGGGAUAUGCCACAGGGAUGCUGAGCAAGUACAAGAAGAUUAAGCGAGUCAAGACGCACAAUUUGCUUGCCGGAGAGAAGGAGAAGUUCGAGAAGGAACUGGACAAUGCCCUGGUGGAGGACCGGAUCUUAGCCCACUGGCAUCCGAAUUUGACGAUCAAUCUAGUCACGGAUCAAACGAACUGGGUCAAGGGAUCAGUUCCUCCUCCGCUGGACGAAUAUGUGAAAUUCCUCCCCGGAGCCCAAACGUAUCUUCCAAUCGUGUUCUACAACGACUACUGGAACAUGUUACGAGACUAUCAGCCAAUCAAUGAAACCACCCCUGUGUUGCAGCUCAAUCUUUGCUACCAGCCACUUUCCCUUUUCAAGUGGCAACUUUAUGCCGCCCAAACCAUGCGUAACAAGUGGACAAAUAACAUCUUCGGGGAGGCUUUGACUGGCGGAGUCGAAUCAGAUGAAGAUCAGGACUCCCUGAAAGAGACCCUCCUAGAAACGAAUCCCUACCUUCUAGGCAUCACGAUUGCCGUUUCUAUUUUGCACAGUGUCUUCGAACUUCUGGCCUUCAAAAACGACAUCCAAUUCUGGAAGGACAGGAAAUCGUUGGAGGGUCUCUCCGUCCGAUCCGUCUUCUUCAAUGUGUUCCAAUCGCUGAUAGUCCUCCUGUACGUGUUGGACAACGAAACCAACUUCAUGAUCAAGAUCAGCUGCUUCAUCGGACUUGGUAUCGAAGUUUGGAAGAUCCAAAAGGUCGUAAACAUCAACAUCAACAAGGAAAAUUUGAUGUUCGGGUUCCUGCCUAGGAUCACCUUCUCGGACAAGGGAUCCUACGUCGAAUCCAGCACCCGACAGUACGACAACAUGGCCUUCAAGUACCUGGGCUGGGCCUGCUUCCCACUCCUGAUUGCCUAUGGCAUCUAUUCCGUGAUCUACCACGAGCACAAAGGGUGGUACUCGUUCGUGCUGAACAUGCUCUACGGUUACCUGCUGACGUUCGGAUUCAUCAUGAUGACGCCCCAGCUGUUCAUCAACUACAAGCUGAAGUCGGUUGCCCACUUGCCGUGGCGAAUGAUGACCUACAAAUUUUUGAAUACAUUCAUCGACGAUAUUUUCGCAUUUGUGAUCAAGAUGCCCACCAUGUACCGGCUGGGAUGCUUCCGAGAUGAUAUCGUCUUCUUCAUCUUCCUCUAUCAACGGUGGAUCUACAAGGUGGAUUCGAAGCGAAUCAACGAGUUCGGCUUCUCGGCCGAAAUGCUGGAAGAGCAGGAAGCCAAAUCCAAGCAGACGAACGCACUCACGAGCGGUGGUUCGGGUGACACAGUGGCCGCUGCUUCCGCCGGUGGAGCUUCCUCAGACGAAUCCAAGAGUCAACCGUCGUCUCCCAAUGCCGGUGGCGCCAAAAAGCGAAAGAACAAAAAGUCUUCUCCCAAAGCUAAUGCUAACAAGACCGUUGCCGAUAAGAAAGAUGACUAAUUCCUUUCGACAUGCUCAUUUUCGGUUUUGCUACGCGCGUUAAGUUACUAUUACAAACCACAUUUACCGCCGGGAAGGUUGAGAUGCUUGACCUUAGCUCUAGAUUCACGUUGUAGGUAGUAAGACAAGUGGUGAUUCGUCUCUAAAUUAUUGAAACUAUUUGAAGCAUAGCUAUUGUCGCUGUCGUUUUACCGUUCCAUGGAUGGUAGAAUGCGUUUGCAGGCGAUUUUUAUUUCUGUUAAUUUCGAAUCCCAGUUGGAACUGCAAUGGCAGCCGUAUUUUAGCUUUUAAACAACUAGAACUCUAGAUAAUAUAACCUUGCGGUAGGAUCCCACUUUGAGAGACGCUCGUAUCUUUUGAAAUGCAAAUGUUUCGGAGCGAAACUAAUCGUUAAAAUAAAAAAAUUAAAGAACUAUCAGACGACGAAUAUAUUUAUCCACUGUGUAGCUAAAAAUGUUGCACUACGUAGUAUUGUAAAACUCAACUUCGGGAUUACGAAACCAAUAUAAAUGAAGAUAAUAAAAAUAAUGUAUUCAAAAAUAA